GGCUAAACCGUGAUUGCAAACUUGGUACAUUUACGUAGAGCUUUUUCUUCCUGUUAUAUAAUUAAUUCAAACGUAUAAUUUUUUUCGAGCUAAGUUCGUACAAUUUUUCUUAGUAAAAAAAAAAAUCAAAUGUACGCGAAAUGGAUAGAAUAAGUUCCAAGUUCAAAAACAGCUAUAAGGACGAGUACGAUGCACUGCUGGAAGCUCUUUUCGGAGAGGCCGCAUCGCAAAUGGUCCAAGAAAACUCCAGAUUCGCGCCGAGACGAGAGAUUUUAUACGACGACGAUGGUAAGAGUUUUUUCGACGUACAGCGUGAUGUGGAAUUGCAGCCAGAAGUCAGUGUCAGUGAACCGGAGGAAGAUUUUGAAGAAUCGGGAUGGUCCGAGUUGCCGGAUCUAUUGCUGGAAAAUAUAUUCUCCCAGUUGACGAUGCAAGACAGAUAUUACGCUUCGUUGGUGUGUAAAUCGUGGCAUCGAGUUUUUCAUUUGCCCAAUGUUUGGAGGAUUUUUGAAUUCGAUGAUAAAACGCUCACCAGAAGGUUGUUUAAUUAUUACUCGGGAUGGCAGUAUAUGCUGGAUCAUUUGAAGACGCAGCAGUGCUUGACGACCAUUGGCAGACAUUUGAAAACGUUGAUUUUCAAACCUAUCAAUAAUUUUUAUAAUUUGUACGAGUUUAUGAAUAUGAUCUCUUUCUACUCCGAACAGAAGAAUAAUCCGAAUUGUACAGUUAAAGGAAUCGCAUCUCAGAUUACUUGUCUUCAGUACACGUUUCCUUGUAAUAUGGCUACGAGAAAUGAAACUAAACUCUACGGCACCGGAGGAAAAUUACUGGAUGCAUUGAAGAAGCUCAUGAACAAUUUACCAGCUUUACGAGACCUUCAGCUGACUGAUUUGAUGUUAGAUUCCCACGAAGCUCUACAAUUACUCGAUCAGAUUUGUUUUUCUCUUAGUUUAACGAUGAAUAAAUUAGUACUGAUAAAUAUAAGCAAAACUCAGUGUCCUUUACUUCACGCUGGAGUAUUUCUCAACCUGCACGAGUUGGUAAUCAGUCCUCAAAGUUUAGGCGAUGACGUUUUAUGUUUGUUAGCCGAGACUAAACUGCGUCACUUGCAUAUAGUUCAAAAUUCUUAUACACCAACCGAUGUGAAACCUAUUUCUGCUAAAGCUUGGAAACUGUGCCGGAAACAAAGUCCAAACUUACGCGUACAUUUACGAGUCGAAUCGAACAAAGAUCGCAGCAUUUUGUGGCAAGAAUGUGCUCCUGUGUAUACAAUCACUUAUACGUCGCCCAAGAUUCAAGUUCAAGCAGACGUUAUAGCUCAGAUUGUAGAUUAUUACGCGGAUACUCUGCGAGUAUUCGGGCACAAGUUAUUACCACGGUUUCAUCAGCCCAAAUCAUUCAACGAAAGAAUCGACGCACAUUUAAUAUUCUUGAGUAAAAGUUGCCCCAACUUGCACACUUUGGUGGUCAGAGAAAGAAUAUCAACGGCAACGAUUUUAAUACUAAUAACUCGACACGUGAGAUGUCUAAAAUAUUUUUAUGUUCGUCGUAACGCAGUGAUAAUACGCAAUGACUGGCCUAAAAAUCCAGCCUGGAGUGAGAAAGAUUACCAAUGGAUUAAAUCGACUAGUCAAUCGUACGAAAAAACAGAAGAAGAAGUGUCCAAAAUCCUCGGAUAUAAAUGGAAAAUGUUAACGGAUAAAGAAUUCAAAUCAAUUAACGUAGAGUUACACAAUUAGUUACCAUUUUGUUAGUUUUAGUAUUGUUUCUAUACGAAUAAACCUUUUCGGUAUCAGUUUUA